CGAUGCCUAGAAAAUCCAGCCACUCACAGUCGUCCAAGGCACGGCCUGCAGAUUUGUUCUAGAAAUUCAUCUCACUUCAAACCAAAAAGACUAUCGACAGGCCUGGGUGUCUGGACUGGCCAUACCGGUCAUGGACGACUUCACAUCGCUCGAACUCCUGUCGCUCGUGUCCAAAGUCACUUCCGAACUCCAGAAUCACUUGGGCAUCAAUGACAAGACCCUCGCAGAGUUCGUCAUCGAUCAACAUGAAAAAUGUGGAGGAAACCUGCCCGAGUUCAAGACGGCCCUGGCUGCCAUGGGGGCAGAGUUCCCCAACAGUCUGGUCGAGAGUGUCGAUCGGUUGAUCUUGACGAUGCAUCCCAAGCAUAAGGUGCAGAAGAAGACGGAGCAGAAUGGAGGAAAUACAGACAUGGAUGCCUUGGAUGCAAUUGGCCGCAAGGCUAGAGUGUUCAAGGGCCUGUCCGUACCUGAUCGAGCACAAAACUGGGACGACUACGAGGAUGAUAUGGUCGAACAAAAAACCAUAGACGAGACUCGACCUGCUGAUCCAGGGACUCCUGCCGAAGACGAUACCUUUGCCCUACUCGAAGGCCUGGCCGGAACAGCGAAGAACGGCACCAAUGGACAUGCCGAAAGAACCAGGAAGAGAAGUCGGAGUCCUGAGCGGGAUGAGUACUCAAGAGACAGAAAACCCAGACAAAAACACUGGUCAAGAAGUCCUAGUCCGCGCGAAGAGAAGAAGUCUCGACGGCACCACAGGGAGCGAGACGAAGAUUAUGAUGGGCAUAGAGGCCGACAUGAUGAGAGACGAAAUGGCCAUCAUAAGAGUAGGCGGCGGGACUAUGACGACGAUGAAGAUUUUCGAAGACCACCUGCGAGAGAAAUCGACGACGUCCCUGUUCUGUACAAAGUCUACGACGCAACCAUCAAUGGUGUGAAGGACUUUGGCGCCUUCGCCAACCUUCAGGGUGUCAAAGGCAAUGUCAGUGGCCUUAUUCAUGUGUCGGCUAUUCAAGAAGGGGCAAGAGUCAAUCACCCUUCAGAUCUGCUUUCUCGGGGCCAGCAGGUCAAGGUGAAAGUACUGAAGAUGGAGGACAACAAAAUCAGUUUGUCCAUGAAGGAGGUCGACCAGAUUAGCGGUCAAGAUCUGGUACCCUCUCGCCGAAUUGCUUCCGGGGCGAAUAUGGAGCGGCUAGAUGGUUUGCCGUCAAAUGACCGCUAUGGAGGUCUAGGCAGCACAGUCCCUGUCAUCGAGGACGACUAUCAUUCAAGGUCGAACAAGAGCAAGAAGAGAAUGACAUCUCCAGAACGAUGGGAGAUUAAACAACUCAUCGCUUCAGGAGCAAUCUCUGCACAGGAUUAUCCUGAUAUUGAUGAAGAUUACAACGCAGCACUUAACGGUGAAGGGCAACUGGAAGAGGAAGAAGAUAUUGAUAUUGAGGUCAAGGAAGAAGAGCCGCCGUUCUUGGCCGGUCAAACCAAACAGUCCCUUGAACUCUCACCCAUCCGCGUUGUCAAGGCUCCAGAAGGUUCACUGAAUCGAGCGGCUCAAGCAGGAACAUCACUUGCUAAGGAGCGCAGGGAAUUGAAACAACAGGAAACUGCAGACAAAGCUGCAGAAGAAGCUUCCAAGGUCGACCUCAAUGCUCAGUGGCAGGACCCAAUGAUCAAUCCCGAACAACGUAAAUUUGCUUCAGAACUCCGACAGGCCCAACAGCAGUCCUCCAAGGCCACUGACGCUGUUCCAGAGUGGAAGCGGGCGACUCAGGGCAAAAAUGUGUCGCUUGGACGAAGGACAGAUAUGACUAUCAAACAACAACGAGAGUCACUGCCCGUGUACAAAUUCCGGAAACAAUUACUCGAGGCCGUUGAGCAAAACCAGCUGCUCAUCGUGGUUGGAGAUACCGGUUCGGGAAAGACCACUCAACUCACCCAGUAUCUUGCUGAAGGAGGUUAUGCCAACCACGGAAUGAUUGGUUGUACACAGCCUCGUCGUGUUGCCGCCAUGUCUGUCGCUAAACGUGUCUCGGAAGAAGUUGGAUGCGAACUUGGCAGGGAAGUCGGCUACACGAUUCGUUUCGAAGAUCGGACUUCACCAGACACCAAGAUCAAAUACAUGACUGACGGUAUGCUGCAGAGAGAGAUUCUGCUUGAUCCGGACCUCAAGCGGUACAGUGUUAUCAUGCUGGACGAGGCACACGAAAGAACCAUUGCAACGGAUGUGCUUUUCGGAUUGCUCAAGAAAACUCUCAAGAGACGUCUUGAUUUGAAGGUAAUCGUGACCUCAGCAACGCUUGACGCGGACAAAUUCUCCGAAUAUUUCAACCAAUGUCCCAUCUUCUCCAUCCCAGGUAGAACAUUCCCGGUCGAGAUCAUGUACUCAAGGGAACCGGAAGAAGACUAUUUGGAUGCGGCUCUGACAACUGUCAUGCAAAUCCAUCUCACAGAGCCACCCGGAGAUAUCCUGCUGUUCUUGACUGGUCAGGAGGAAAUCGAUACAAGCUGUCAAGUUUUGUUCGAGAGAAUGAAGGCUCUGGGACCGAGCGUACCAGAGCUAAUCGUAUUGCCUGUCUAUUCUGCGCUACCUAGUGAAAUGCAAAGCCGGAUUUUCGACCCUGCACCCCCUGGAAGCAGGAAGGUGGUCAUUGCGACAAACAUUGCCGAAACUUCUAUUACGAUCGAUCAUAUCUACUAUGUCAUCGAUCCGGGCUUUGUCAAGCAGAACGCAUACGAUCCCAAACUGGGCAUGGAUUCACUUGUUGUUACUCCAAUCUCUCAGGCGCAGGCCAAACAAAGGGCAGGACGAGCCGGUCGAACAGGACCUGGCAAAUGCUUCAGGCUGUAUACCGAAGCGGCAUACCAAUCCGAAAUGUUGCCGACCAGUAUUCCUGAGAUUCAACGCCAGAACUUAUCGAACACCAUUCUCAUGCUCAAAGCGAUGGGUAUCAAUGACCUGUUACACUUUGACUUUAUGGAUCCUCCUCCGACAAACACCAUGUUGACGGCCCUUGAGGAGCUGUACGCCUUGUCCGCUCUCGACGAUGAAGGUCUCCUUACUCGACUUGGACGUAAAAUGGCGGACUUCCCUAUGGAACCGUCGCUGUCUAAGGCACUCAUCGCCUCGGAGGAUAUGGGCUGCUCAGAUGAGAUGCUCACCAUCGUUGCCAUGCUGUCUGUCCAGACCGUGUUCUACCGCCCGAAGGAGAAGCAACAACAGGCCGAUCAGAAGAAGAGCAAGUUCCACGAUCCUCAUGGCGACCAUCUGACUCUGCUCAAUGUGUAUAACGCAUGGAAAACCUCGCGGUACAGUGACCCCUGGUGCUUCGAGAAUUUCAUCCAGAAGCGACAGAUUGCACGUGCUCGAGACGUCCGUCAACAACUGGUAAGCAUCAUGCAGCGGUACAAGCAUCAAAUCGUGUCGUGUGGGCGAAGCACAGUUAAGGUCAGGCAAGCUUUGUGUUCAGGCUUCUUCAGGAACUCGGCGCGGAAGGACCCACAGGAAGGGUACAAGACGCUUAUCGAGGGCACGCCAGUGUAUAUGCAUCCCAGCAGUGCGUUGUUCGGCAAGCCGGCUGAGCAUGUCAUCUUCCAUACCCUCGUGCUUACGACCAAGGAGUAUAUGCAUUGUGCGACGGUCAUUGAGCCGAAGUGGCUUGUCGAGGCGGCGCCGACGUUCUUCAAGGUCGCACCAACGGAUCGUUUGAGUAAGCGCAAGAAGGCUGAACGCAUCCAGCCUUUGCAUAAUAAGUUUGCGGGCGAGGAUGAUUGGAGAUUGAGUUCGCAGAAGAAGCAAGGGAGAGGUGGUGGUGGUGGGACUUGGGGCUAGUUGUGUCUGUUGGAUGGACAUUUUUCAAAAGUACAAGAUACCCAUAUCAUGUCAUACAUCUGCGUCUACAA